GCCGUCCAAUCGCGCCGAGCGGCGAGCUCGCGGCUGCCGAAGGGCACUGUGAUUUACAAAAAGGUGGCGGCCGUCGCUUGGUUGUGGUGCACGCGCGAUCCGCCGACUCGAGGUGCACUUAGCCUGGCACAAGGGCCGUGGUGACGACACGGCCACCUUAGUGGCGAGCGGCGGCGGCGGCGGCUGCUGUUGUUGUUGAUGUCCGCGGCAGGAGCUGGCAAAAUGGAUCAUUGUCCUGGCAGAGGUCGUGAGAAGCCAUCGUCGGCGGGUGGCAAGCGGAGGAACAGGCAAAAGAUGUCACAGGAGAGCCGGAAGAGUGAUCGUAUAGCUCAAGUCAAGCAGGACAGGAUGGGGAGGCGUAUGGCCCAGCUGGAUGUGCCACAGCACGUGGAGUGUGCGUAUGGGACAGGCCUGGUGUUCGACGCGCGCAUGGAGCUAGUCUCCUGCCCCUGGGAGAGCCACGUUGAGUGCCCCGAGCGAGCGAAAGAAGUGCUGGCAUCCAUCACGCGCUCUGGGCUGGUGCCCCGCUGCUCUGUUGUGGAGCCCAGAAUGGCCUCAGUGGAGGAGCUGAUGUUUUGUCACAGCCAGGAGUACAUACGCAUGAUGCAAUCCACAGCUGAAAUGUCGGAUCAGGAGCGGAAGUCCCUGUCAGACACAUUCGACUCGGUGUAUCUCCACAAGGGCUCGUAUGACGGCGCACUGCUAGCGGUGGGCAGUGUGCUGCAGUUGGUGGAACGUGUGUUGACGGGGGACCUCAGGAAUGGGUUUGCACUUGUGCGACCUCCAGGACACCAUGCCCAGAGGGACCUGGCAAACGGUUACUGCAUUUUCAACAAUGUCGCCAUUGCAGCCCAAUACGCGCUGUCACAGCACCAGCUGCAGAGGGUGCUGAUUGUGGAUUGGGAUGUUCACCACGGACAGGGAAUUCAGUACACCUUCCAAGAUGAUCCCAGGGUGCUCUACUUCUCCGUGCACCGUCAUGAAGGGGGGGCUUUCUGGCCCCACUUGUCGGAGGGCGACGUCACGGCUGUGGGACGCGGCAUCGCGAAGGGCUUCAACAUCAACCUGCCCUGGUCUCGGACAGGAAUGUCCGACGCGGAUUACGUGACCGCCUUUCAGCAGAUCCUCAUGCCCGUGGCUUAUCAGUUCAGUCCGCAGCUGGUUCUCGUAUCUGCUGGCUAUGAUGCGGCUCUCGGAGACCCCAAGGGUGAGAUGUGCGUGUCACCUCCGUGCUUCGGUCUCCUCACACACAUGCUCAUGUCGCUGGCUAAUGGGCGGCUCUGCCUGGCUCUUGAGGGCGGCUAUAACCUGGAAGUGACUGCGGCGGGGGUGUGUGCCACUCUGCACGCCCUCCUGGGAGAUCCUGUCACCUCCACGGGGGGUUCACGCCAGGCCAAGUGCAGUGCUCUGGAGGACAUUGGGCGAACGCUCGCCAUUCAGCAGAAGUACUGGUCGUGCCUGCGCUGCCAUGGUUUGGCAAAGUCAACAUCAGUCUCUGAAAAUGAUGACAAAGAAGGCAAAGAGAUUGAGACGGACAGGGAAAAGGACCCCGCAAGCACCACAGAAAUCGGCGUUAUGACGACAGAUGAAAAGACCGAAGUCAUGAAAUCCGGCGUUACGGAGACCCCCGUCGCGGCGGAGGCUGUUGUCACGGAAAUAGGAGAUGGGGUUGUCAUGGGGAUGGUCACCAUGGAGACGCGCAUCACCGGGUUGGUGUAUGACAAGCGCAUGAGGGAUCAUCACAACAUGUGGGACCGAUUCCACCCUGAGCAGCCCGACCGAAUCUCCGUAAUGUUCUCCCGGCACGAGGAUCUGGGAUUGGUGGGGAGGUGUCACAUGGUAACAGCCCGGCUGGCCACAGAGGAAGAGCUCCUUACUUGCCACAGCGUUCGGCACGUGAACGCGAUGCGGGAGACGACGAGCAUGAAGGCGCGGGAUCUGCACCGGUGCAGCGCGGAUUACAACUCUGUCUACCUGAGCCCCAGCUCGUUCGACAGUGCCUGCUUGGCGGCCGGGGCAGCGCUCAGCCUAGUGGAGGCCGCCAUGUGUGGCCAGGUGAGUAACGGGGUGGCGAUCAUUCGUCCCCCCGGUCACCAUGCCGAGAGCGACGUCGCCUGUGGCUUCUGUCUCUUCAACACGGUCGCCCUGGCAGCCAAACACGCGCAGAGCCUGGCGCGCCGCCAAAUACGGGUGCUCAUCGUGGACUGGGAUGUGCACCACGGCAAUGGGACCCAGCACAUAUUCGAGGAUGACCCCAGCGUGCUCUACGUGUCACUGCACCGAUACGACGGAGGGCGUUUCUUUCCGUGCUCGGAGGAUGCAAAUGUCGACCGUGUGGGCACGGGGCCCGGCAAAGGCUUCAACGUGAAUGUGCCGUGGCCGGGGCCCUACAUGAGAAACGCCGAGUACCUGGCCGCGUUCACGAGCACCGUGUUGCCCAUCGCUUACGAGUUCGACCCCGAGCUGGUGCUUGUGUCGGCGGGAUUUGACGCGGCACAGGGCGACCCCCUGGGCCUCUGCAUGGUGACCCCGGAUUGCUACGCGCACAUGACGCACAUGCUGCUAGGGUUGGCUAACGGACGGGUCCUUCUCUUCCUGGAGGGAGGGUACAACCUCACCACGAUUGCCGAGUGCAUGGCCAUGUGCACCCGCACGCUGCUGGGAGACCCCACGUUGGCCCUCGGGCCCCUGGAGCCGCCCCAAGCGGGCGCCGAGAGGGUGCUCACCAGCGUCCUGCACACGCACAGCCCGCUCUGGCACAAUCUGCGCAUACCAGUGCCACUCACUGAGGAGUCCCCCGAGGAUGGCCAGCGUGGGGACGACCUCUCGACCCUGACACCCGCGGCCGUGCACGCGCACCAGGAGCACCUCGACAAGCAGCACCCCGCCGCCGACGACAGCGCACGGAGCUCCGCGUCCCACAGCUUCACGGCCAGCUUGCUCGGCGACACGGGGAGCCUCGGGAGUUCAAACUCGGCGAGCGAUUUCACGGACAGCUCGUAUUUCACGGCGGACAGCCCCGUGGGUUCUACGUCGAUGCCGCGUUCCGCGAGCAGCCCGCAGGACACCACGGCCAGCCCCGGGGGUUGCGCGUUGAUCCGGAGCUUCAGCGGUAGCCCGCCUCGUGCCAUGGACAGCCCUGACGUUUCUACGCCACUUUCCCCACCGACAUCCGCGGGCGCUGCGAGCGCGUCUACGUCGACCCCCGCGGGCAGCAGGGUGAGCGGAGCGAACACCCCGCAAGAUCCUCUGACACCGAUUGCUGCGGAUAGCCCAGUGCUGCCCCCUCUGCGACCGCGGGUACCGCCCGACCAGUCUUCGGCAGCACCGGCUGGGACAGCGGCAUCCGUGGAUGAACUGGCGGAGGCAAUGGCCUCUUGGGCGCCCGGUCUGGGCUCGAAGGCUGAGCAGACAGGAAGUAGUGACGGGCGGCCUCCGCACGUGUGCACCGCCAAGAAUGGCCUUGUUCCGUCGGACGGCGUGGGGCUGUCUGCUGGGAUGGGGUCUCGCUUGGAUGGCGCAGCGGUGGGUGGGGCCAGACCCAAGAUGCGACUCUCUGAUUGCGUGCGGCAGGGUCAGGAAGGAGACUCGCCCAUGGACGCGUCGUCACCGCACGGAGGCAUCCACGAGGAUGGCAGCAAGAGUGAUCGUACAGGAGUGUGCGAGAGCGAGGCUGUGCGUGGUGGCGAGGCUGUGUGCGGUGAGAGUGAGGCCGUGUGUGGUGAGAGUGAGGCUGCGUGUGGCGGUGAGACUGGAGGACCGUGUGCUAUACCCGGGAAGGAUGAAGUGGCCUCCGGAAUACAUGAAGAUGACGUGGGUUUGGCGGAGGCCAGCGGCUGGACGCCCCCGUCGCUGUGCUACGCGGUGAAGCCGCUGUCCUGGUGUCCUCACCUGGACGCCGUGACGGCCAUCCCCGGCGGGGCCGUGGAUCCCUCCUCCCCGUGCGUCGAUUGCGGGGACUCGUCGGAGAACUGGCUGUGCCUCGUCUGCUAUGAGGCAUAUUGCGGGAGGUACGUCCGCGGGCACAUGCUGCAGCACAGCGAGAAGAGCGGACACGCGCUCGUGCUAAGCUUCGCGGACUUGUCUGCCUGGUGCUACUCCUGCGACUCGUACGUGCACCACGAGCUGCUGUUCCCAGCCAAGCGGGCCGCCUAUCGAUCCAAGUUUGACGAGGAGAUGCCGGGCCUGCCCUGAGACACACCCCACCUGGCCGUGGCCCACGCAAGACGUUUUACGUAACAUCUUUGUCGCCGUUAGCGACAGAUUUUACCUGUGAAUCGGGCAGCAGGGUUCACUGCCAACCUGCCAUCAAUAAACCUUGCACCGUUUCCAGA